GGGCAGUCUACUCGCCAGUUCUCUUCCCACACCAAAGACGUUCUCUCUGUCGCGUUCUCUGCUGACAACCGUCAAAUUGUCUCUGGCUCCCGUGAUCGCUCCAUCAAGCUGUGGAACACAUUAGCACAGUGCAAGUACACUAUCACGGAAGACUGCCACACUGACUGGGUUUCUACUGUGAGGUUCUCGCCUUCAACGCGCGAUCCCGUCAUCGUUUCUGCGGGAUGGGACAAGAUCGUAAAGGUGUGGAACCUUGGAAACUGCCGUCUGAAGACCAACCACAUCGGUCACACUGGCUACGUCAGCACUGUUACGGUCUCGCCCGAUGGUUCGCUGUGUGCCUCAGGUGGUAAAGACGGACAGGCAAUGCUUUGGGAUCUGAAUGAGGGCAAGCACCUGUAUACCCUCAACGGAAAUGAUGUGAUUCACGCAAUGGCCUUCUCACCCAAUAGAUACUGGCUCUGUGCUGCGGUUGGUCCUGUAAUCAAGAUCUGGGAUUUGGAGGACAAGCGUGAAAUCGAGGAGUUGAAGCCUGAUAUUACUGGAAAGACGAUGACCGCUCCUCAAUGUGUCUCUUUGGCGUGGUCUCAGGAUGGACAGACGCUGUAUGCUGGAUACACAGACAACGUGAUACGUGUGUGGCAAGUGUCCGUGCGUAUCAUCUAA